AAACGUCAACAUUCAAUCAACAAUGAGCAAAAGUUUUGUUUUAUUAAUGAAUUUAUGAAAUCUCCUCAUUUGUAUUAAGUUUUUUUUUUAGCUAGGAUAAGUUUUUCAUUAGUUUGGAGUGAAUUUGUUGAUGAAAAAUGAACGGUUUAAGUUUUAGUGAAUUUUGUUGCUUGUUUUGUUGUCCGCCUUGUCCCAGCAGAAUAGCUGCAAAAUUAGCAUUCAUACCACCAGAGCCCACAUACGAAUUUGCCCCUGAUGAAAAUGGAAAAUGUAAUUUCGCUCUGACUGAAAGGGCGGAAUGGCAAUUCACGGAGAGAGAAAAAGAAUUUAUUGAUGCCUUCUACACAAGAACAACCAGGGGAAAUAAAAUAGCCUGUUUAUUUAUUAGAUGUUGCAGUACUGCUAGGUUCACAAUACUUUUUUCACAUGCGAAUGCAGUUGAUCUUGGACAAAUGAGUAGUUUUUAUUGGGGCCUAGGAACACGAAUGAACUGUAAUAUAUUUAGUUAUGAUUAUUCAGGGUAUGGUGUUAGCGGGGGAAAACCCUCCGAAAAAAAUCUGUAUGCUGAUAUUGAUGCGGCAUGGCAAGCCCUCAGAACAAGAUAUGGAAUUAGCCCAGAAAAUAUUAUUUUAUAUGGACAAAGUAUUGGUACUGUACCCACUGUUGAUUUAGCUGCUCGAUAUGAAGUUGGAGCUGUGAUAUUGCAUUCACCUCUCAUUUCUGGAAUGAAAGUUGCUUUUCCUAACACAAAGAGAACUUGGUUCUUCGAUGCCUUUCCCAGUAUUGAUAAGGUCCCCAAAGUCAUGUCUCCAACUUUAAUUAUUCACGGCACUCAAGAUGAAGUGAUAGAUUUUUCUCAUGGACUGACCAUUUUUGAGAAAUGUCCCAAGGCAGUUGAACCCCUCUGGGUUGAGGAAGGUGAUAUUGUCAGAAGAACAGGAGCUAUUGUUGAUGUUCCUGUAGGCGAUGCUUUGUUGGUCGGUGUAGUUGAUGCUUUAGGUACUGCCAUCGACGGUAAAGGCCCACUAAACACUCACCAAGGUUUCCGUAUCGGUACCAAAGCCCCUGGUAUCAUUCCACGUGUCUUUGUCAGAGAGCCCAUGCAGACUGGAAUUAAGGCAGUAGAUUCCUUAGUACCAGUCGGUAGAGGCCAGAGAGAGUUGAUUAUUGUUGAGGAAGCCAAACGCCAACUGAAAGCUGAAAAACUAGAUACUGAGAACUCAGAUGAGGAUGAAAAAGAUGAGGACAAAUACGUAGAUGAAGUUGAUAUACCUGGCACCAAAGUGGACAGCAAACAAAGAAAUACUGGAGCUGGUCAUAAUGACGUAGAACUGUACCCAGUGUAUUUGGAAAGACUAAAGCAAUUCAUCACAGUAGAACUAGAUAACUGACAACUACUGAAUGGCGAGGACUGCACAUUUAGUUCGGGCACCUCCAGUUCUGUUGGAGAAAAACUUCUGUAGCCUACCGAAGCAGGGGCGACGGAAGAACUGCCAGUAUCAAAAGACACGUCGUUACCCUGCGCCCCUCGUACUCCCUCGCGCUUGGCGACAAUUUGCCACAGUGUUCCGUGUGUCGCGCAUUGUCAUUGUAUUUUACUCGAGACUACCUGUUAGCAAGUGUAUAAAUUAUAUUGUUAUUAUGAUGGACUUUUUAAACAAUACUUUAUAUUGAUAGGGGUAUCCUUGAAUCUGACUUGAGAAAUCAAGUGUGCGCUAUAGGCAUAUUGUUUAUGAAAUUUUCCAUUUUUGAUAACAUAUCCUAAGAUUGUAAAAAAAUGUUGUUUCUAGCUGGUCAGCAAAGUUCAAUAUCCUAAGAUGCUGCGUAUCCAAUUCGACCAAUAUUUUUACUUGUGCUAAACUGGAACGAAUUCCGAAUGGAACAAAUUUUGAUUUGGAUAUGUCUUGUACAAUAAAAUUAUUCUUAGUACAGGUUCUGGAAAUAUUAAAAGCCUUAAGCCUUAAGGUAGUUAAAGACAAUCUUGAAAUAAUACCAAAAUUUGGCCUCAAACUUCGAAUGUACGUCGUAUGCUUAGAUUGGUUUCUAUGAUUUGCGAUCUAACCUUUUAAAAUCUGUCAAAGUCAUAAGUGUUUAUCAAAAUACCCAUCAAAUUUAUUUGUUUGGAAUAUCCUGAGAUAAAAUGGUGUUUACACAAGGACAAAAAGCGUUUGUGAGAUCAAACCAUCCUUUGUCGGAGAAGAAAAUCAGGUACAGGUUGUUGCCGUCCGUCAAAGUUAUUCAUGAACCACUCGCCAAACUCUGGUCUAUGUAGAUAAUCAGCAUGACGAAUUUCUUGAGCAAGUUAAGUGAAAGGGAUCGAGGUGUAAACCAUUUUUUUUUUAAACACUUUAACAGGUAUCAACAGAUACUUCAGCUGACCGCGACAAAACUUGCACAGAGCUCAUCUGUUUUGUCGGUCGUCCACUUCCCUUCUUCCGGCCCACACUCCCCGUUUCUCGAAAAAGAAGCAUAAUAUGGCGGAGAGAACACUUAAACUUGCUGUUUCCAAUGUUGUUGUGGUCUCUAAGAAACUGUUCUUGAAGUUCGUGAUAGCAGAAUUUGUGCACUAUCCAUCAAUUUCCAUCUUUUCUAAAAUGUGAUUUCACCGUAAACCGCAAAUGUUUUUUGUUCUUGUGAAAUUACAACUUCAUCACAGGAUAUUUCAAACAAAUGAAUUUGAUGGUGAUUUUCAUAGACACUUCUGCCUUUAACAGUUAUCAAAAGGUUAGAUCGCAAAUCAUUGAAACCAACCAUAGACAUACUCUCGAAUUUGCAACGUUAAUUUGAGGUCAAAUUUUGAUGAACACUCGCUAUAGGAAGCCCGGGUUUUCUUGCAUGCGUGGACAGAUAUGAUGUACCUAUUUUUGAUAGCAAUGCAGUUAUUGUUUAAUUUUUUACUUAAUGUUCUAGUAGAAUAGUUUGUCUUUAAUCCCCAGUUUCACAAUGUUCAGUCAACUAACUUUCCGUUAGGCGCGUGAGUAUUGGUAACAUUUCAAGUCGCGCUGUAUCUUACAGAAAAAUAUAACCAGAUAAUAUCAGUUCCUUUUUGUCCUGGCAUGUAAUGUGUUAAUAAAAACCUCAUAUUGCACACAAAAGAAAAAAUAUAAUUUAGUUCCAGAAUUGGUCUUCUGUUUCUGUUCUCUUUCUAACAAUUCUUGGUAAUUUUACUAUAGUAUUAAAAAGGUCUCGCAGGAUUUAUUUUUGCGCGCAGAUGGGUUAUCAAAUAAAUAAAAUAAUUCACAGUAAUAACAGGGUUGGUAUUGUAAUUAUAGGAAAGGUUUUGAUAUAAGUUAUCUGAGAAAACCAUGGAACAGGACUAUUAGUAGGAAAUUGGCACCUGCCAUGCACCUAUCAGAUACAUACGCGACUAGUGAAGGUUUAAAAAUAGUGUUUAGGAAAAACUAACAGUUGAUGAAUGUUUCAUGCUCAACUUUUGACAAAUAAUUCGAUUGAAAUUGAUAAUAGGUUAGGUUCAUUGUAACUUCAGCUUUUAACUUUUUUCUGUUAUAUGUAUACAGGGUGAUUGAUGGUCGAUGGUAGGUUAGACGCUUAUGGAAAGCGGAAUGUUGGAUGAUUUUGAAAAUUUGCAUGCUCAAGUAAUUGCUCCUGAUCUAUCAUUCUAAAGUAAUUUCAACGAUGCGACGCUGCCGCUCAUACCAAUAAGUAAUAUAGGGUUUGAUAUUUUAAAUGGGAGACCUUGUAUAUUAUUGCAUUUUUCGCUCCACUAUU